CGCACGGAGCGCAGAGUGGAUUUGGAGAUGUCCUGGCAGGAUUACGCACGACGGCACGAUCCACGCAGAAGCUUCUUGUAGCCGGACGGGUCAAUCUGAAGCUGGAGCGGACUCAGGUCUAACUUCUGACCGAGGGAAACGCUUCUUUCUUUCUCACGUUCCCCCCCGGGAGAGUCGGAUCUACCCUCCUCUCACAGCAGCACCAGCGGGUCUGCAUGUGUCCGGUCCUCCUCCUCUCGCUCUCGGGUCACGGUGACUACAGGGGAAUGGAAACGAUGUAAACAGCUGGUGGAACAAAACAAACUCUGCAGCACAACAGUUUGUUUUUGUUAGAGAUCGCAGAGAGAAAGAGAAAGGGAGAGAGGGAGAGAGAGAUGAUCCCGCCAGCAGACAUGGCUCAGGAUGAAAGUGGGGACAAAGAGGACGAACAGGAGCAGAAUGAGACGCAGAAAUCCCCCAAGAAUGCGAACCCCAGCCAGCAGGAAACCAAGAAUACUGUGAGGCCUGAACACCAGAAGCGCAAGCUGCAGAGACUCAAGCGAUCGCUGUCCUUCAAGACCAAGAGCAUCCGCAGCAAGAGCGCCGACAACUUCUUCCGCACCAGCAAUGACAACAAGACCGAGCUGCUCUCCGAUGUGAGCAGCAGCACGGGCCACCUGUGCAACAUCGGGAUGGCCCCACCGCACGCCACAAACCACCACAUCCCGCCGGUGCCUCCGGCCAUCCCCAGCGCUCCUCCUCCUACGUCACGCUCCCAGUUGCGCAACCCGCUGCAGGUGGACUCUGCAGGACACUGCUUCAUGGAGCACAUCUUCAAGAAGCCGACGUUCUGUGAUGUGUGCAACCACAUGAUCGUAGGUACAACCGCCAAACAUGUGGUGUUUCUGGCGGGAAACACGGCAAAGCACGGCCUGCGCUGCAAAGCAUGCAAGAUGAGUCUCCACCACAAAUGUGAGAACGGAGUGGGACAGCAGCGCUGCAUGGGAAAACUGCCAAAAGGCUUUCGGCGGUACUACAGCUCCCCAUUACUGAUCCAAGAGCAGUAUGGCUGUAUCAAAGAAGUCAUGCCCAUCGCCUGUGGGAAUAAGGUGGACCCCGUGUACGAGGCCUUGAGGUUCGGAACGUCUCUGGCACAGAAAGCUAAAAGGCCCAGCGGCUCCGAGUCUCCUCAUAGAAACUCGAACAGUGACUUGGAUCAGGUUCCAGAGGAGGUGGUGGCUCACAGCAGUCGACAGGAGCUGUCGAGGAAACACAGUGACGACGUUUUCACAGUCAUUGAGAACGGCACGGAGCAUUACCACCAGCCAGAGAGAAAACCUGAGGAUUUCCAGUUGGAGCAGAGCGAGCUACAGAAAGACAUCCUCAAACUCAACACCUAUGUGGCCUUGUUCAGUUUCACUCCCCAAGAGAGCCAUGACCUGGAGAUGAGAGCGGGAGACAAGAUCUUAUUGGCCGACGACUCUAAUGAUGACUGGUGGAAGGGGGUAAUUGAGGAUAGGAUCGGUUUCUUCCCAGCAGCCUUCGCUCAUCAGGUGCGGGCCGAGGACCAAGUGUUCAGGUGCAACAGGACAUUCAUUGGCUGCAAGGAACAAGGACAGAUCACCCUGAAGGAAGGACAGAUCUGUGUGAGCAGUGAGGGCGAGCACAGCGGCUUCCUCCGAGUGGAGAGUGGAAAGAAGAGAGGCUUCGUGCCCUGUGACGUCCUGGAAAUCAUCUGAGAGACACACUCAGAGAAAUGAAGAGAGAGAGAGGGAAAGAGAGAGAGAGAGAGAGAAAGAAAGAAAUGGAAGGAACUUAGGAUCAGCCGCCUAGAUGGAGGUCAGAGGAGGAGGAAAGUGAAAGGAAACAAAUGGAGACAAGACACCAGUGAUGGGGUUCCACAGAAGAAGUAAUGUUGGUUUUGUCACUGACGACUCCAGGUCAGAGUCUCUGCACCUCCCCCACUCGCUCUCAGCACAAACAGACAGAUGCUGAGAUGAUGUUUUCGAGACCCGGAGGUCACUGGAUCCCCAGAAUUUAUUUUAUUAGAGCCAAUGAGUGUUUUUCCCCCUUAGAUUUAUUCUGUUUAUUUUCUGAAAGUGAGUUAUUUAUGCCUGAAAAAAAGGAAACAAACACCACAUUUAUUAUGAACAAGGUUUGGGGACAUAUAUCGGCAUAUACUGGGCUCUGAAGAAGCCCUUUCAAAACUUGAUCUACACCUAAGUGAGGAUAAAUAAGAAAAUAAGACCUGACUUUCUUUAAAGCCUCGACCCCAAAACAUCUGUUUGGAAGAACUUCCUGUAUAACCUCCAGCGUACAGUUACAGUCCUAAAAAAAGGGUUUUCCACUUGUUUCUGGUGAGAAACUGCAACAAAGACAUGUGGAGGAGUAUUUCCAGAGGACUUUGACACAAUCAAAAAAAGACUUCAGUAAUUCUCUCUGGUCUUCGAACAACAUCACCCUAACACAGAGAAUAUCUCCCUCACUGCAAGCCAGGGUUUUAGCAAAUUUGACAUUUGACAUUUUCUCCGAGCUGCAGAAUCUACUAGAUUUAUAUUUUUCUGGUUGUCUUCAUUGAUAAUUGAUUGAUUUAAUCUCUCUUUUUGAUUGUUUCCAUCAUAUAUUACAAGGUUAGUUAAAAUGAGAGGAUGAGAGAAGGCACAGCUCUGGUUGAGGGACUCUGGUUUUUGAUAUUAAUUUGACGAUCAAAGCUCAUGUGAUCCGAUGGGGAUGACUUGUGAACGCACAAUGGCGUUCACAAAAGGAGACAUUUCCAGUCAGUGUGUUAACUUUAAAUGCGAUCACUCUCUUGUCGUGUGCCUUUCUGGCAGGGUGUUGCAUCUUAGUAGAUAUAGUAUAUCUCUUAAAGGCUGUUCUGCACUGAAACUUGGCUUUAGUGAAUGUCCAAGAAUACUAUAUUGUACAUAAUGUAUG